AUGGCUGUCCCAAACAACGUUUGUACCCAUCUUACGUUGGCCUCCUCAACAAAGAAAAGGAAACGUUGCCAUAAAGGUCCUUUUGUUGCAAGAAAGAAAGCACGCAUAGACUUGGUGGUACAAGAUGAUGUUCUGGUGGAACACGAUGAUGAUGAUCCUUGGAAGAUAAAAAAAGGGUUGAAAGAGAGUGAUUCCAACAGCAACGAGGUUUGCACCCAUUUAAAGUUGAGUGUGUGUCAGUGCGCUAGAGCUGAGAUACAUGUUUCUUCAACCAAGAAAAGGAAACAUUGCCACAAAGGUCCCUUUGUUGCAAAAAAGAAGGCAUGCAAAGACUUGGUGGUACAAGAUGAUGCUCUGGUGGUACACGAUGGUGAUGAUCCUUGGAAGAUAAAAAAGGUGUUGAAAGAGAGUGAUCUUGGCAAUAUGAGUAGGCUCAUGCUAGGGAAGGAUUUGGCAGAAAAGUUUGUGUUGCCUGUGUUGGGUGAUGCUGUUGAGAUUGAGAAGGGAGUUAGUGUUAAGAUUUGGGAUGUGGACACCUACACCAUGCACUCUCUUGUUUUCAAGAAAUGGGUUUCUUCAAGAUGCUACAUUUUUAUGGGAAAAUGGGUCCAAGAUUUUGUUAAGAGAAGGGGCUUGAAGAAAGGGGAUGAGAUUGGCUUUUACUGGAAUCCAUAUACUAGUCACUUCCACUUCUCUGUUCUUAGGGUCAAUUAA